AUGUCUGGUGUCGGCACGCGUACGCCCUUCACGACCACGGAGCGCGGGCUGCAGCACCUUGUGCGGCGUUCUCCGCCCCCUGCCUUCGCCGUGGCGGGGUACAGCGCGGAGAACACCAGCUGGGAUGAGGUGCGCCUCCUUUUGGCGGGGGCCGGCGGCAUUGGCUGCGAGGUCCUGCACACUUUGGCGCUGAGCGGGUUCACGGACAUCACCGUCGUGGACAUGGACACCAUCGAGCUCUCCAACCUGAACCGCCAGUUUCUCUUUUCGGAGGCGGACAUUGGGCGCAGCAAGGCGGAGGUGGCUGCUGCGUUUGUGCGGCGGCGUUGCCCGGGUGUGAGGGUAAAUGCGGUGUUUGGACGCCUCGAGGACCAGCACGACGACUUCUAUCGGCAGUUUCAUGCCGUUAUUUUGGCGCUAGACUCCGUGGCGGCGCGGCGGUGGAUGAAUCAGAAGCUUGCAGAGAUUGCCGUCUGGGAGAUUGUGGACGCCGCGGCGGAGGGGGCGAAGGGAGGCAAGCAGAAACGCAUCACCAGCUCGAUCCCGUUCAUUGACACCGGCACGGAGGGGUACGAGGCCUCCUGCCGCGUCAUUCGUUUAGACACGGGAGCGACGGCCUGCGUUGAGUGCGACCUCGACAUUUACCCGCCGCGGGAGACGGUGCCGUUCUGCACGUUGGAGAAUGUUCCGCGUUCCCCGGAGCAUUGCGUGCUUUAUGUGCAGUUCCGGCUCUGGGACGUGCUGCGUCCGGGGGAGACGCUCGAUAGCGACAACCCGGCGCACAUUGCGUGGGUCUGCGCAGAGGCGCAGAAGCGCAAGGAGGCCUUUGGCAUCACGGGGCCCGACAUUGACUGCUCCUUCGCACUCGGGGUCGUGAAGAACGUUGUGCCAGCGGUCGGCUUCACCAAUGCCCUGGUGGCCGGUCAGGCGUCCCUCGAGCUCAUAAAGCUGUUGACAGGCGUUGCCCCAUCGAUGCACUGCUUUUCGUACUUCAACGGCGCCGCCGACGCCGGCGGGCUGACGUCGUACGUGACGGAGCUCUCUCCCAAUCCUGCUUGCCCCGUUUGCGCCCCGCGCCCUGUCCUGCUGCUCACCCCCCACAUGCACCCAAAAGACGUGCUGGCGGCUGUGGAGGAGCAGGUUGGCCUCCCCGCCGUCGCGCGUGGCGCACGCGAGCCCCCGGAGAGCUUUUGCUCCGACGGAACAUUGUGGGUGCGCUUUGACGAUGGUGCCGAGGUGUACCUUCUCUACAAGCAAAACAAUCCGUUACGGACCCGCAUUGUUGGCGACACCAUUGAAGACAUCUUCGCGGCAAGUGGUCACGCAGCUGCCUUUGCGCGCUGGUGCGGCGGAGGGGGAGUGACGUUUACCCUGCGGUACAGCUCCGCCGAGGUGCACGUCUCUGCUGAAGCACUCAUGUCGAGGAGUGCGACUGCAUGA